GUGGAGGCGGAGGCCCGCAGAAGCCUCGUCGUGUCCGAGACCCGGACCUGCUUCUCACUUGGGUGCUCCUACAGUCUGCCCGGCGCAUUUACUCGUGGACCAUGGGCAUCUUUCUCCUGGAGCCCUCCCUCUAACCUCUUCCUACCUGUGGAGAACUGGCGUGUGCCGGAGGUGCUAGAGCCCCCGAGCCGGCCCACCUGGCAGUAUUUGAAGAGGAUCUUCUAAUCAAGCAGAAAUGCAGAGUACUUCUAAUCAUCUGUGGCUCCUAUCUGAUAUCCUAGGGCAAGGAGCUACUGCAAAUGUUUUUCGUGGAAGACAUAAGAAAACUGGUGAUUUAUUUGCUGUCAAAGUAUUUAAUAGCAUAAGUUUCCUUCGUCCUGUGGAUGUUCAGAUGAGAGAAUUUGAAGUCUUAAAAAAAUUAAACCACAAGAAUAUUGUCAAAUUGUUUGCUAUUGAGGAGGAGACAACCACAAGACAUAAAGUACUUGUUAUGGAAUUUUGCCCAUGUGGUAGUUUAUACACUGUUUUAGAAGAACCAUCUAAUGCCUAUGGACUGCCGGAAUCGGAGUUUUUAAUCGUGUUGAGAGAUGUGGUGGGUGGAAUGAAUCAUCUUCGAGAAAAUGGAAUAGUGCAUCGUGACAUCAAGCCUGGAAAUAUCAUGCGUGUUAUAGGAGAAGAUGGACAGUCUGUUUACAAACUGACAGAUUUUGGUGCUGCUAGAGAAUUAGAAGAUGACGAGCAAUUUGUUUCUUUGUAUGGCACAGAAGAAUAUUUGCAUCCUGAUAUGUAUGAACGAGCAGUCCUAAGGAAAGAUCAUCAGAAGAAAUAUGGUGCAACAGUUGAUCUUUGGAGCAUUGGAGUAACAUUUUAUCAUGCUGCCACAGGGUCUCUACCCUUUCGCCCUUUCGAAGGACCUCGACGAAACAAAGAAGUAAUGUAUAAAAUAAUUACUGGAAAACCUUCUGGUGCAAUAUCGGGAGUACAAAAAGCAGAAAAUGGACCAAUUGACUGGAGUGCAGACAUGCCUAUUUCUUGUAGCCUUUCUAGAGGUCUACAAGUACUGCUUACUCCUGUUCUGGCAAACAUUCUUGAAGCUGACCAGGAAAAAUGCUGGGGUUUUGACCAAUUUUUUGCUGAAACUAGUGAUAUACUUCACCGAAUGAUAGUGCAUGUUUUUUCAUUACAACAAAUGACAGCCCACAAGAUUUAUAUUCAUAGUUGUAAUACUGCUACUGUGUUCCAUGAUUUAGUUUAUAAACAGACCAAAAUUGUUUCUUCAAAUCAAGAAUUGAUUUAUGAAGGGCGGCGAUUAAUGCUUGAACCUGGAAGACUGGCACAGAAUUUCCCUAAAACUACUGAAGAAAAUCCUAUCAUUGUAGUAAGCCGGGAGCCUAUAAGCACUGUAGGAUUGAUGUAUGAAAAAAUUUCACUCCCUAAAGUACAUCCACGUUAUGAUUUGGAUGGUGAUGCUAGUAUGGCUAAGACAAUAACAGGUGUGGUCUGUUAUGCCUGUAGAAUUGCCAGCUCUUUGCUGCUUUAUCAGGAAUUGAUGAGAAAAGGAAUACGAUGGUUGAUUGAACUGAUUAAAGAAGAUUAUAAUGAAACCAUACACAAAAAGACAGAAGUUGUGAUUGCUCUGGAUUUCUGUAUCAGGAACAUUGAAAAAACUGUGAAAGUGUAUGAAAAAUUGAUGCAGAUUGACUUGGAAGCAGCAGAGCUGGGUGAAGUUUCAGACAUACAUACUAAAUUAUUGCGUCUCUCCAGCUCUCAGGGAACAAUAGAAACUAGUCUUCAGGAUAUCAAAAGCAAAUUGUCUCCUGGGGGGUUGUUGGCAGACACCUGGGCAAACCAGGAAGGAACACAUCCAGAAGACCGAAAUGUAGAAAAACUGCAAGUACUGCUAAACUGCAUUACAGAGAUUUACUACCAGUUCAAAAAAGACAAAGCAGAACGUAGACUAGCUUACAAUGAAGAACAGAUUCACAAAUUUGACAAGCAGAAACUGUAUUUUUAUGCAACAAAAGCUAUGAGCCACUUCACAGAUGAAUGUGUUGAAAAAUAUGAAACUUUUUUGGAUAAGGCAGAAGAGUGGAUGAGAAAGAUGCUUCACCUAAGGAAACAGUUGUCAUCUCUGACAAAUCAGUGUUUUGAUAUGGAAGAAGAGGUAUCGAAGUACCAGGACUAUACUAAUGAGUUACAGGAAACUUUGCCCCAGAAAUUGUUGGCAGCUUCCAGUGGAAUAAAACAUACCAUGGCCCCAAUUUAUCCAAGCUCCAACACAUUAGUGGAGAUGACUCUUGGCAUGAAGAAAUUGAAGGAAGAGAUGGAAGGUGUUGUUAAAGAACUUGCCGAAAAUAAUCAUAUUCUAGAGAGAUUUGGCGCUUUGACCAUGGAUGGUGGCCUUCGGAAUGUUGAUUGCCUUUAACUUUCUGCGAAGGUUUAAAAAAAAAAACAAUAUUCAAUUUGCACAAGAAAAAAAAUGUUUUGGGGGCAUUAAAUGUUAGUGACUCUGCAGGUGUCCUCUUGUUUCUAUAUUUCAGUAUUUGACACAAGCAUGUAAAUAUGUACUAUAUUGUAAAUACAUAAAAUAUAUAAAUUUUUGGCUGCUGCUAUAAUGUACUUUUUCUCUUUUAACAUUUAUAAUCAAGUGAGGAAAUUUACCUCAGUGAGCACUUGUACAUGGCCAUGAUAAAUAUGCAGGCAUUGAGGUUUCUCAGCUACUUUGACAAAAGACUAGAUAAGCCAUAGCUUACUCUAGCUUCUGCGGGAGAAUUUUUAGACAGAACCAAAUCUACAUUGUAUAUUACUGUAUUGCAUCCUUAAAAUUCAGAGAUGGAAUCUGUUUUUAUUGCUGUUCAGACUUUGGAUUGUAAUUUGGGGGACAAGGGCAAGGUUGCGAAUUGUUUCUCCUGUCUUGACUUGUUUUGUGGGGAAUUGAGGAAUCAAAAUGGUGUAUCUCUAGGACCAGACUUUUUAGUUAGAAAAUGAAAUGACUAUUUUCAGGAUACAAGUUGCCGAGAUCCCCGUUUAGGAAAAUCAUCUGGUUACUUUAGGAUAAAGUCUAAAGCAAAAUUUUUAGCAAUUUAAUCAUUAAAACCAUCCACCUCUGAUAGCCAUAAAACUUAGUGGUGAUUUCAAUACAGACCCCAACACAGGGUCUGCUGAAAUUAACUAUUGUAGUCAUUUCCUAUCAUCUUUUCUAAAACUAAUUUUGCUCAAAAUUUUAAGAACACUAGUGAAUUUACUUGUUUUUAUGAGAAGAAUGUAUAUGUGCGUAUAGUUCAUGUGAGAAAAAUUCUUAUUUUUUUAAAAGAAAUAAUAUGAUAUGGGUGAUGAUGGUAAAUGAUACUCUUGUGUCCUAUAAGAACAAUUUUCUGUCUCAUAUCUCCAGAGGAUUUGAAAAUGUCAUAAAGAUUCAUUCAUUCGACAGAUAAUUAUUGAGCACUGACCUUAUAGGGAAUAUAGGAAAGAAAAAAAUACUAUCCUUGCUCUCACUGAAUUCAUAGUCUAGUAAGGGAGAUUAGACCUGAAAUGCAUAACUAAUAUGGAGUAGACUUUUUUUAAAAAGUGUGAAGAGAAGGCUAAGAGAAAUGGAAAGGAAUAAAUCAGGAAAUGCUUCAUGGAAGAGGUGACAUUUCAACUAAGCCUUGAGGAAUCAAUAAGAACUAAGUACAGCUAGGGGAAGGGCAUUCAGGUAAAGGGCCAAGACACAAAAAGAGUCCUCCCAAUAAAGGGACAAGUAGUUUGCCUGGAACAUAAGCUACUUUGGAGCCAAACUAAGUCUUUGAAAAAGUAAUUCUGUAAUCCAGAAAGAGUGUUCUCACUGAAAGGAAUUCCAAGAAUUGCAAACUGAAUGGUUGUGUUCUGCACUUAAUUUUAUUGUUCCAUCAAUAAUUUUUGUAAUGAUUUGUUUGGUCUCAGACAUAUCAGAUCUGUGAGUGUUGUUUUCAUUAGUCUGUGUAUCAUGAUUCCUUGACAAAAAUAGCAGUGGAAAAUAAACCAUUUUUAAAAACUGAAA